AUGCAUCUUGUUUGGCAUUCUUCUCUCGUCGGCGUGCAGGCACUCUGUUUUGCGAUCAUCCUUUUCCUUUUUGUCAUCUUCUAUCCCCGCUCGACCCCUUCCAUUGUUAAGCAAUCCUCACCCGGGACACACUCCUUCAGAAUUGCCAUCUUAGUCGCUGGAAUAUGUAUUCUUCAGACAAUAGCGACCGCCAUCGUUGCCAUCGUUAUUGUUGUUGCAUAUCCAAACAAGCGUCAAUUUUAUGCAAACCUUUUCGGCAUCUUCGCGGCCAUUCUAUCAUCCAUCCAAUACUUCCCUCAGAUCUAUACAACCUUCCGCCUACGCCGGGUUGGCAGCCUGAGUAUUCCGAUGAUGUGCAUCCAAACACCAGGCAGCCUAGUAUGGGCCGCUAGUCUAGCAGCACGUCUAGGUACGGAGGGCUGGAGCACCUGGGGGGUUUAUGUGGUCACAGCCCUACUCCAAGGGACCCUGCUCAUUAUGGGGAUCUAUUUCGAAUAUAUCAAUCCAUCGAAAGCAGAAACUAACGUAAGCCCCGCGGAUACUUCGGGAACGGACGAUGGCACCAACGGGGUCGAGGCUCAUCGCGGCAACGAGGAGAACCAUCAUUCAGAAGAAACACCGUUGCUUCAGAGCACUGGGUAA